CACAUUCACUCCACUUUUAUGGAAGGGAUGCUGACCACUGUGCCAGUUACGCGCACAAAAACAUCACUCGGGUUGUUCCAGGUGAAACACAACGGACCGACACACGCACACUUGAACUGUUUCCCUCCGGUGUGACACCGAUGGCCUCGGACGCGCACGGCGGAGGAGGCGCAUUACCGCGGAGCGCUGGUGAGAAGCGUCCCGGGGCAGCGCCGGAGCGCACCGGCGGCGCGGAGACGCGUGAGAGCGCGCUGCGCCAGUACGCACGGAGCCAGUCGUGGCUGAGACUCGCCGUGACAUGGACUUGCCGAGGAGUGUCGUCCGCGGUCUGCGCUUCCUCCGUGUCCGUUACUCUCGCUCUGCUGCUCACAUGGGUCGACUGGGAUGCAGGCAGCAGCAGCAGCAGCGACGGAAAUAGCAGCGGCUCCGGAGCGCGUCCGCUUCUCGCACUCUGUUACUUCGCCUCCUCCGCUUUCACUCUCGUAUGUGCCUUCUUCUGGCUCGGGCUGUGUCUGAUUCGCCGCGGGGUGCUCGUCCGGAGGGCGACUUUUCUCUUAGCGGCGGCGCAGUCCCUCCUGCGAGGCGCACGGGAGCAGCUGCUGUCCCUCCGCGCAGCCCCGGUAGUCCUCCUUGGCUGCCUGGCCGGCGGGGCUCUGCUGGUCGUCCAGCUGGGUCAGGGAGUGUCCGUUCUCGUCUUCCUCAGCGUCAUCAGGGCCGUCUCCCUGGGGGCCAGCUGGUCACCCUACCUGGCCUACCUGCUCGGACUCCUGGGGGUUCUGCUUGCGCGGUAUGCUGACCGGCUCCUGCCGGCCUCAGGGACCAGCGGGACGGGGUGUUGUGGCUCUGUGACCGGGGCGAAGGAGGAGGACAUCCCUGUCUUCAAAAGGAGACGGAGGUCCAGCUCCACAGCGGCCUCGGAAAUGAUGGAUUACAGUCAAAACAGCAGCAGGUCCAACCGCAGGACUUCGCUGCCCUGCAUUCCGCGGGACCAGUCCUCGGGCACCAGCGUGGUGGUGGACAUUGCAGUGAUGGGCGAGGCCCACGGGUUGAUCUCAGACCUGCUGGCAGAUCCGUCACUGUCCCCAAACACCUGCAGCAUCCUGAAGGCCGUCAGCAGCCUCCUCAGUACCCAGAUCAGCCUCCAGCCCCUCUACAGGCCUCGAAUCCCUGCAGACACCCACACCUGCUCUGAUUCGGAGGAGGGGCCUGAUAAAGUCGAGAAGCUGGCUCUUCCGAAGCGUCUAAGGCGGAGCCUGCCUCCAGGAUUGCUGAGAAAAAUAUCAUCAACAUGGACCACGACCACCUCAGCUACAGGACUGCCCGCUAUCGAACCAGGCCCUGUUUGCAGAGGCCGCUCUGCCAGCAUCAAGCACACCACAGACAGUGAAUCAUGGAACAGCUCGUUGACCACUGCAAAGAGCCUCUCCAUGUCUGCACCCUAUGCCUCUUCCAUCACCUCCAACCACCUGUACAGCAAAGCAUUGGGAAAACCAGGUUUACCCCCAUCCAACAUAUCACCUUUAGGAUCCCCGUACUCAUCACCUCCAAACCAAGGUACUCCUGCAUCCAGCCCUACUAACAAGACAUGUCCAGUGCAGCUUCCUGCAUCCAGCCCUACUAACAAGACAUGUCCAGUGCAGCUUCCUGAGUCCAUUGGGCCCCUGACAGACCAGACCCACAGCCCUGUGACCCCCAACAGCCACCACAGAUCCUUAAGCCACAGCCAGAGUGCCCCCAAUUCCACCAAUGCUCCCUGGAAAAACCCAACACUAUGCAGCAGCUGUGGCAGGCCAGUCAAUCGACUGAACCGUGGGGUUGAAUUUGUUGACAAAGCAGACAGAAUGCCUCAUCCAGAUGAGCGUGCAGUUGCUUCAUCAGACUAUGACAGCACCUACGACAGCACGUAUGAGACUAACCACAGUGACAGCAGUGACUUUGCACAGAAUGAAGAGGAGGUUGAAGGAGUCAAGAAGCCGCCUGAAGAACAGGAACACUGCAGGUCUAAGACAGAUGGGCUCAUUCUGCACCCCCUGCUACCAUCGCCAGAGGACAAGCCCAUCUUGGCCCCGGAGCCUCUGGUGAUGUCAGAGUUGGAGCCUCUGAUGAGUCAACUCAACAGCUGGAACUUUCCAAUUUUCAGUUUAGUGCAGAAGACACAUGGAAAGACAGGCUUCAUCCUCAGCCAGGUUUCUUACAGACUCUUUGAGGACACUGGUCUCUUUGAGACUUUUAGGAUUCCUGUGCAAGAAUUCAUGAACUACUUCCAUGCUUUGGAGAGUGGAUACAGGGAUAUACCUUACCAUAAUCGCAUCCACGCCACUGAUGUGCUGCAUGGCGUUUGGUUCCUCACGACUCAGCCUGUUCCAGGUCUGCCCACUCCACUGACCGGAAAUGGGAUACACACUGACAAUGGCAUUACCCAUGGUACCAUAGGCCUACUGGUGUCCAAGAUGAACUCUGUGCUACAAGAAGGUUCUGGUUCACUGGCUGGAUUCAUUCCAGCUCUGGAGCUCAUGGCCCUGUAUGUAGCUGCUGCCAUGCAUGACUAUGACCAUCCUGGAAGAACCAACGCUUUUCUGGUUGCAACCAAUGCACCACAGGCUCUUCUAUACAAUGAUCGCUCAGUGCUUGAAAACCAUCAUGCAGCUUCAGCGUGGAACCUCUUCAUGUCUCAACCUGAGUAUAACUUCCUAGCUAACCUUGAACAUGUUGAGUUCAAGCGCUUCCGCUUUCUUGUUAUUGAAGCCAUCCUGGCCACUGACCUCAAAAAGCACUUUGACUUCCUGGCAGAGUUUAAUGCCAAGGUGGGUGAUGAGGGAGUGUCCGGUAUUGAUUGGACCAAUGAGAAUGACCGAUUGCUGGUGUGUCAGAUGUGCAUUAAGCUGGCAGACGUCAGUGGACCAUUGAAGUGUAAGGACCUCCACCUGCAGUGGACAGAUGGGAUCGUCAAUGAGUUCUACGAACAAGGUGAUGAAGAAGCGAGCCUCGGCCUCCCCAUCAGUCCGUUUAUGGACCGUUCGGCUCCACAGCUGGCCAAGCUGCAGGACUCAUUUAUCACUCACAUCGUGGGGCCGCUGUGCUCCUCCUACGACUCGGCUGCUCUUAUGCCUGGACGUUGGGUUGAUGUGCCUGAAGAAGAGGAGGAGGAGGAGGCACAGGAGGUGAAGGGUGGGCCAGACAUGGAGCAGGAAAAUAUGGCAGAGGACGAGACACUGACAGGUUCCGACACCUCCCAGCGGCAAGAGAACAAGAAGAUGAGCCGAAGGAAAGUGUUUUGCCAAAUCACACAUCAUCUUCUGGAGAACCAUGAAAUGUGGAAAAGAGUUAUUGCUACAGAAAGUCAGGAGGAGGUCCAGAAAGAGGAGAUGAACCGCAACAGUAGCCCCGCGGAUACAAUCACAGCCAUUCACGAGGAAGAGGAGGAGCAAGCAAGCAAGGAGGAGGAGCCAGCUGCUGGUUGUGAUGAAACAGAAGAUGUGCAACCUAUCCAGGAAGAAGAAGAAAUCAUCCAACAAUCAGAAACUUCAGGGGAACCCGAGGAGGAAUCACAGUGACGAUGGAAACUUUGACCUUUUUUAAACCAGGAAUCUGAACAUCGUCUCAUUUUAUCUUUCCCUUAUUCCAGUUAAAUUCUUGAUAUUGUAGCCAGGGGCAGCACGGUGGAUUAGUGGUUAGCACUGUUGCCUCACAGCAAGAAGGUCAUGGGAUCGAUUC